AUGAUUUUUUUACAAACACCUUAUGGGCAGUCUAAUGUCCCAGACUGGUUUGAUAAAUUACAAGCUGUCAUUCAAACUCAAGAAUCAGAAGAUGAACCUUCUGAAGAACAGGAGACAACUCGAGAAGAGUGGAUGAUAUUAUCAGACCUCAACACUCCUUUUGACAACUCUGAACAAACACCAGAGUCCACAUAUGACUGGCGUCUUGACAGAGCCAAUUAUUCAGAACAACAAAUCCAAGAAAUGCCAACAUGGAUAAAAACAAACAAAGAGGAAUACACUAUUGAUGCGCAAUAUGAUGUUGUUGACAUCAACUGUUUUAGUGAAAUGCAAAAACUUGUUUAUAAUAUUGUUAAGUCUCAUUUUGAUGAUAUAUCAUCUGAGAAAGAGCCAUUAUGUCUCAUUAUAAAUGGUGUUGUAGGAACUGGUAAAAGUUACCUUAUUAAUGGUAUUAGAAAUCUUUUGCAAAGUAAAUGUGCUGUUGCUGCUACCGCAGGUAAAGCAGCUUAUAACAAUAGAGGUGUAACUGUGCAUUCUCUGUUAAAGUUACCUAUAGGAUCAAGAGGUAUAAAAGACCUAACAGGACAAAGCUUGUGUAGGUUACAAGAGAGUGUUAAUAACAUUGGAUACAUCAUUAUUGAUGAAUACUCCAUGCUUGGCCAAGUUACUUUUGGUUGGAUAGACAAGAGUUGCAAACAAGCAACUGAUUAUAAUGUCAAAGUUUUUGGAGGAAAAUCAUUGAUUUUAACUGGUGAUCCAGGUCAAUUGCCACGAGCAACAGAUAAACCUCUUUACCAUGCUAGACCAUCAAAUGCUGUUGGUGAACAAG